GUCAUGUUUGUCCUGCGUAAACCUACACAAGCGCUUAGCAAAUACCACCAAACAUUAAACUGCCCGCCACACAUCGUCGUGACAGACGCGAGGGCUCCACCAAAAAUUGCAAGCGCGACAUUUGUUUGCAUACGAUAUUUGUUUGCAUACGAUAUGCAGCCGGCGUUCAUAUGGAUUGCACCGCUCAACCCAGCAGCUCACGACACGGCAAGGCUACUUGCAGCGUUCCAGGGUUCUGCAGUGACACAGCGACACACGACAUUUCAUUGCAACCCGCGGUCCGCCUCGUCGACGCCCGCCAGGACCCUCCACCGGCCCAGCGCUAGCUCGCUGCUAAGGCAGACCUUGUAGGGAGCUCCUCGUCAGCCAGCGAGGUUUGGUUCGCGGUCUAAAAACUUCCCACUUGUUCGUUUGGAUUCGGCCUUGGACGGCUCCGGCACAAUCAAAGCGCCCCUGCGAUGGCUGGGAACUCCCCGUUUUCCCUGUGGCGCGAGCAGCACCUCGACCGCCUCCACCCCCCUCAUCCUCACCACCAGCAUCACCACUCAGCAGCACCAGCAGCAUCGGCAGAAGCCCCAGAAGCCGCUUCUGAGGCGCCGGCGGCUCCCACUUUCUCCCGCCCUUCAACCCCGCUCACAACGCUCGUGCAACCGCGCGCAUACCAACAGCAUCAACAGCAGCACCCGGCAACGGAGCAGCGAAGCGAAUCCCAGCUGCCGGCGAGCGCGAGCACGUCCGGUCUCGGCGCGCUGCCUCUCGUUGUGCACUGCGGCACCUCGCUCUCAGCGCUCGUCUCGCGGCAGCAAUCCUUGCAAACUCAGCAUCAACACCAACAGCUGGCGGAGGCGCCAGUGCAGGCGCAGCAGCAAGACCAGCCGGCGCGAGGAUCUUUCUCGGCGCUCGCGGCUGCGAUCGAGCCGCCGCCAAUCCAGGCCUGCUGCCUGGAGAACUCAUCCGAAGGAAAAGGCAUUGCACUCGCGGCAGCAGCAGGGCCGCCCCACCCCGGCAGCAGCAGCAGCAGUCCGCAGCAGCAGCAGCAGCAGCAGCAGCAGCAGGCGGCAGUAGCAGCAGUAGCUGCAGCGGCCCCCGCACCCGCUGCACCCGCCACUGCUGGUGUUCCGGCUUCCCUCUGGGUCGCCACUCCCCCCGGCUGUCACAGCGGCAGCAGCAGCAGCAGCCCAGCAGCAUCAGCCCCGGCGUGGGGUCAUGCGUUGGCAGCGCCAGCGGCGGCACCAGCAGCCCCCUCGGCCGCAGUCGCCCCACCAACUCCCUACGGCCCAGACGCGCACCAGCAGCAGCAGCCUUUGUUCCAGCGCCAGGGGCAGCAGCAGCAUUGGCCCUGCUGGGCUUCGCAAUCUGCGGAGGUAGCAGCCGACGGCUCUCGCGCAACAUCAGUAGCAGCAGCAACAGCAGGCGCUGACGCGCUCGCUGCCGCAGCGGCUGCGGUGUUUGCAGCGUCCGACCCGCACAAGCUGCUCCGUCUACAGGUGCACGCGCGCCGGAGCCUUGACAACAGCAGCCUCCGGCCCUCGCAAGGCUUCGCCCUCGCAGCAGACAGCGGCGGCAGCGGGGGCUCGGGCGCAACCCCACACGCGCACGCGCACGUGUUUGUCGCGGGCAGUAGCAGCAACAGAAGCAGUGCCGGCACCCACACCGGCCCUUGCAGCAGCAGCCACAGCGGUGCAAACAGCGGAGGCGGCGUAGCAGCCAGCACAACCGCCAAUUACUGCUACAGCGGCGGCGCAGCCGCCAUCGGCACAGGCUGUAGCAGCCCGGCGGCGGCCAGCCGCAGCAGCAGCAGUAGCUGCGCCGCUCUUCCCUCCCGCGCCGCGUCGGUCGAGGCGGCGGCGGCAGUAGCAGCGGAGGCGCUGUCGCUGUCGUCGCGCAGUCCGCCGGCACUCCCUCAGGUGCUGGACACGGUGUUCAGGCACGGCCCACGUCGAGGAGCCAGUGCGUACCCGCAGCUGCAGUCGCAGUCGCACACGCCGCAGCCGGCGCCCGCUGUUGUGAACCCGGCAGCGGGCUCAGAACAGGCGCGCUCAUUGAUUGCUCUAGAGGAGAUAGCGCAACCAAUCCAGCAGCAACACGUACAUCAACAACAACAGCAACAACAACAGCAACAACAACAACAGCAGCAGCAGCAGCACGCCCUCUUCCUGACUGCGGCUGUAGCAGCUCACUCCAGCGCCAUGCAGCAGCUACAGCAGCUGCAGAAGCAGCUGGAGGCGCAGCAGCAGCUGAUCAACGCCGCCAUAGCGCAGGCGGAGGCUGCUACUGCCGCCACCAGCGCCAGCCCCGCUGCUACAGCCGGCGGCGGCGGCUUGGCCGGCGGCGGCAAUGACAUGAACAGCUUUCUGGAGGCGGCGGCGGCGGCAGCGCAGGACCCGACGGCCGCGCUGGCGGCUGCGCUGUCACCUGCGGCGGCGGCGCUGACGGCGCCCGCGCCCGCUGCUGUGGCCGUGCCGCCGUCGGCCGCGGCGUUGACUCCGCUAAUGGCUGGCGGCGCCGCCGGCAGUCCGGCGUCGCCGCUGACGAUGGCGGCGCCGCUGACCCUGACGGCCGUUGACGCCCAAGCAGCGCUGCAGAGCCCUACCGCGGCUGCGGCGCUGCUGGCGGCGGCGCUGGCGGCGCCAUCGGCGGCGGGCGGCGGCGGAGCCGCCGCUGUGCCGUCGGCGGCGGCGCUGCAGGCAGUGUUUGGCUCGCCGGCAUCGCAGCUGCUGGCGCCGGCGACGCCGGCACAGCCCACGCCGCCGUCAGCCCCAGUGCCUGUGGCUGUGCCGCUGUUCGCCUCGCCGCCGACGGCGUCGCCGCCAACGGCGUCGCCGUUGGCGGCGGCGCUUGGUGCGGCUGCGGCUGCGGCGGCGGCACCAGGCGGCGGCGUGAUGUCGGUUACGCCCGCUUCAAUGGCGGCCGUGUCGGACGCGCUGGCAGCCAUGUCCGCGAGUGCUACCGCCGCCGCCGCCGCCACCGCGUCGCGUCAGCAGCAGCAGCUGGCGGCGGCGGUGGCGGCGGCGGCGCCGCAGAGCCAGCUGCAGCAGGCGGCGCAGCAGCAGGAGCUGCAGCACGCCGUGGCAACGCUGCAGGCGGUGCAGGCGCUGCAGGCGGCGGUGGCGGCGCAGCAGCAGCAGGCGCAGUCCAUGUCGGCUGUCGCAGCUACAGCCGCCGCCGCCAGCAACGCCGCCGCCAACGCCGCGCCGCCGCUCUCGCCGUCUCCGCCUGCCUCCGUCGCCUCGUCGCUGCCGUACGCGACAGCGGGCGAGGAGGAGGGCAGCGGCGGCGCCGCCGCUGAUGCCGAUAAGAGCGCCGCCGCCGCCAACGCCGCCGCCGCCAACGCCAUGGCGGCGGCAGCGGCGGCCCAGGCGGCGUCGACGGCGGCGGCAAUGCGACGGAGCGCGGACGGCCCUGCCAGCGGCGGCAGCGCCGUCAGCCACUACUCUGACGCCGGCAGCAGUGCCAUGAACACGUCCGGCGGCGGCGCCUCCGGAGCCGGCGGCGGCGGCGGAGCCAGCGGCCGCGCCAGCGGUGGCGCGCCAGCGCCACUGCCGCCGGUUGGCAGCGGCGGCAGCAGCGCCAGCGGCGUCAGCGUCACCACCGCCAACCUGGUAAUUCCCGCCAGCGGCAGCACCCCGCAGCAGACGGUGGCGGUCACGGUGGCGACGGCGCCGGACGGCCAGCAGAGUGUCACGCUGCCCGCGGCGGCGCUGUCGUCGCUCAUGCCGCCGACGCCGGCGGUGGCGGCGGGAGGCGGCGCGCUGCAACGCUUGGGCCGCGACGCCGCCGCCGCAAGCACGAUGACGCCUUCCCAGGUCGGUGCCAUGCAGGCCGCCGCGGUGCCGCCGCUGGCUCCGCCGCCGCCGGCUUCCGCUGCCGCUGAUGCUGCCAGUGUGGCCGCUACCGCCGCGGCGCAGGACCUGUCGGCUACAAUCCAAAUGCUGGCGGCGGCGGCGGCACAGCAACAGCAACAGCAGCAGCAGCAGCAAGCGGCGACGUUUGCGUCGCGGCUGGCGCCGUCCCCAGCGUCGCCAUUGCCGCUGCCGCCGGCGUUGGCACCCACCACAACGUCCACCCUAGCCGCCGCCACCGCCGCCGCCGCCGCGCUAGGCCUGGCGCCGUCAGUGACGCCCGCCGCCACCGUGCUGUCUGUCCCGGCGCCGGCGGCGCUGAAGGUCAUGCCAGCAGCAGCAGCAGCAGCAGCAGCAGCAGCAGCAGCAGCGCCGCUGCCCUUCGGCGCUGGCGCCGGCGGCGCCACGGUGUCUACUGCCGCUGGCGGCGGCGGCGGCGGCGGCGGCGUGACGCUGGAGGAGGCGCUGCUGGCGUCCAAGAUGGCCGCUGCGGAGGCCACGGCCGCCAGCAGUGCUGCCGCCUCCGCCGCGGCUGGCGGCAGCCUGGACCAGCAGUCAGUGUCCUCGGCGACCAGCAGCCUCGCAUCCGCGCCCGCCACUUACGGCUACCGCCCCGCCGCCGCCGCCGCCGCCGCCAGCCCUGCGGCGUCGACCUGCUCUCUGGCGGCGGCGGCGGCGGCGCUGGCCAAGGCCUCCGCUAGCAUCCAAGGCCUGGCGCCGGCAGACCUGGCGGCGGCGGCGGCCGCCGCCGCCGCCGCCACCUCCGGCAACGCCUCCGCCGCCUAUACCUCCGCGCUGCUCAGCGCCGCCGCCAACGCCGCCUCCGCCGCCUCGGCGGCGGCGCCGCCGCCCUCCUCUGGCGCGCCCUCCCUCUGCCCGUCCAUUGGCUCCACCAUCUCUUCCUCAACCGUCAACACCGCGGCGGCGGCGCCGCCGCCGCCGCCAACGCUGACGCCGACGCCGUCGACCGUUGUACGCACCACGCCAACGGCGGCGGCGCCGCCGCCAGUGGCGCCGGCGCCGGCGGCGCUGACGCUGCAGUCACUGCAGGGCACGUUGGCUUCCGCCAGCCUUGCCAACAGCCUGCUACAGCCGUCGGCGGCUCAGGCGGCGGCGCUGCUACAGCCGCCGUCGCUGUCGCCGCCGUACGCCAGCAUCGGCGGCAGUAGCGCCUACAGCGGCGUGUCGGCUUGGAGCGCCCCGGUGGCGGCGGCGGCGCUGGGCCAGUUGUCGGGUGCCGUGGCGGCGCCUGGCGGCGGCGGCGGCGGCCGCGGGCUGGCGACGGCGGCGACAGCGCCUACGGACGCCAUGGCGGCGGCGGUGGCGGCGGCGUCGGCGGCUGCCGCCGCGGCGGCGGCAGCUGCAAAGGACGCACGGGUCAAGGUGCUGCUGUAUGCGGGCGGCGCCUUCAGCCGCUGCCCCAGCGGCGUGUGGGAGUACGGCGGCGGCGAGACGCGGCUGGUGGGCCUCACGCGCGGCGGCAGCUACAGGCAGCUGGCGGCGGCGCUGGCGCGGGCGGCGGGGCUGGGGUCAGCAGGCGGCGGCGGAGGCGGUGGAGGCAGCGGGGGAGGCGGAGGCGGAGGCGCAAGUGGUGGGGGAGGUGGGGGUGGAGAGGGCAGCGGGGGCGGAAGUGGCGGCGGAGACGGCGACGGUGGCGAUGGUGAUGAGUCCGGCGGCAGCGGCCUGAUCCUCAAGUACGAGCUGCCCGGGGCGCCCGACCUGCUGGUGGACUUGCGGGGCGACGACGACGUGGCAAACAUGUGGGAGGCGCUGGACGAGUUCACGGAGCAGCAGCAGCCGGCGGCGGCGGCGGCAGGAGCGGGCGGAGCGGGCGGCUGCGGCGGCGCCACGACCGCCAAGUCGUCAUUCAAGCUCAAGAUACUCAUGCAGCGGCAGACCACCUACUCCAAUGCCGGCGGCAGCGGCAGCGCCUUCAGCGGCAGUGCCGCCGUCGGCGGCCGCAGCGGCGCCCAUGGCGGCGGCGGCGGCGGCGGCGCCAGCGUCAGCGCUGCCAGCACCUCCGGCGUCCCGCCGGGGCCGCGCUACGGCGGUGGUGACGGCGGCGGCGGCGGCGGCGGCGGCGGCGGCAGUGACGGCAGCACCGUCACCCCAGCCUCCUCCGCCAGCACUCGCGUCGGCGGCGCUGCCGGGCCGCCGCCGCCGCCGUCAGGGUCCGUGGACGACGAAGCCGCGGUCGGCACUGGCGGCGGCGGCGGUGGCGGCGGCGGCGGCGCCGCCGCCGCCAUGUUGGCAGGACAGUACGGCGCGCCGACGGCGCCGCCAGGCGGCAUCCCGGCGGCGCCGGGCACGGUGCAGCAGGAGGCGACGGCGGCGGCGGCAGCCGCCACCGCUGGCGCCGAAGGCGCCGGCGGCGGCGCAGCCGGAGGCGCGCCCGCCGCGCCGGGCUACGACGCCGCCACCGCCAGCGAGUUGGAGGCUGAGCAGGCUCUGCUGCGGAGUGAGAUUGGCGACCUGGUGCAGUUGGAGCCGCGGGUGGGGCUGUCCGACCUGGAGUCGCGGCUGGAGCUGAUACGGCCCGAAGACCUGGCCAUCAUCAAGUUCCUGGGGAGCGGCGGAUACGGCGAGGUGUACCUGUGUCGCUGGCACUCGUGCGAUGUGGCGGUCAAGUGCCUCAACCCCUCGCUGCUCAUGCCCGACGCCGCGGGCGGCUCCAGCGCUGUGAGCAGUGAUGUGGUGACGGAGUUGCUUCAGGAGGCGGCCAUGUUGGGCGGGCUGAGGCAUCCCAACAUUGUGUGGGUGUACGGCAUCGUGUUGCCGGGCGGUGUGCGGGAGAUCAAGGCCAAACGCGACAGGCUGCGUGCCGAGGGUGACCUGGACGCGGUGCGGCUCACGGCGGCCCUGACCGGCGGCCUGCCCAUCCUGCCCGGGGUCAUCCGGCCGCCGGCGCUGGUGGCCGAGUUCCUGGGCGCCGGCAGCCUGAGGGCGGCGCUGAGCCGGGGGGCGGACUUCCUCCGGAGUGACGUGGUGCGGGUGAAGCUGGCGCUGGAUGCGGCGCGGGGCAUGGAGUACCUGCACCUGAAGCGCAUCGUGCACUUCGACCUCAAGACCGGCAACCUGCUGGUGGGCUUCCGAGAGAAGAGCCCCACGUGCAAGGUGGCGGACUUCGGCCUGUCCAAGCAGCGGCAGCAGACCUACGUGACGGGCGUGACCAGCCUGAGGGGCACACUGCCCUGGACCGCGCCCGAGAUCAUUCGCACGCCCAAGGCCGUGACGGACAAGGCUGACGUGUACUCCUUCGGGGUGGUGAUGUGGGAGCUGUGGACGUUCAGGGAGCCGUUUGACGGGCUGAACUACCACGCGCUACUGCACGCCAUCUCCAUGAGCAAGGACCCCGUGCGACCCGCCAUGCCGGGCAGCCCCGACUGGGAGGGCCCGGAGCCGGACGAGCCCGCGCCCGGCUGGACGGCUCUGAUGACGCGGUGCUGGUCGGAGGCGGCGGAGGCGCGGCCGCCCUUCCCGCAGGUGGUGGCGGAGCUGGAGGGCAUGCUGGCGGCGGUCAAGGCGCGGAGGCGGGCGGGCAGCGCCUGAGGGGGAGGAGGAGGACUGGAGGAGGUGAGGGCGAGGAGGUGGAGGAGCGGAGAGGGAAGGAGGAGCGGAGAGGAGAGGAGAGGAGAAGGACGAGGAGAAGGAGGAGCAGGAGGCGGCAGGAGGGGCAACAGCAGGAGCGGGGGAGAAGCAAGCUAUGGACAGCAAACAUGGAGAGUGGUUCGCACGCCGAGGCUACAACCGGGCCUCGCCCUAGACUGGCGGGCUGGCGGUGGUAUGAAGUUGUAUUCGUCUUCAUUUUCAACACUAGGCCAUUUGGUCCGUGGCACAUGGUAUUGUAGGCACGCAGGCGUGUCAGGAAAGCACAGGGGCCAUUUGUGUGCGUGUAUUUUCAAGCUGAAGGCAAGGGUAGCUUAACGUAUGUGUGCAUGUGCGUGUGUCUGGCUGCGGCGCAAUGGGCGACCGUAGUGAUGCGACCGUAGCGUGUGAAUCUCCCAGGCGCCUUCGUUCGCGGGGCUGGAAUCAAAUCUCGCCCGGCGGGCCAUUUCAGCCGGGGGCCACCCUGCAGCUUACAUGCCUUACAGCCUUUCUACUUUUAAGCUUUCCUGCAAUUAAUAAUUUGCAAUUGGACACAUGAGCGUGAAUGAGGCGUUGUACGGUGGGUGUCACGAGUUCUGUGCGGUGUGGAGAAAGGUGCGUCGAGUGGCCCAUUUGCGCCUCGCACUGCACGCACGGCACAGUCUCACGGCACGCGCUGUCCUUUUUUGUGUCGCUUAUACAUGCAUUGCCCAAUCGCAUUAAUGUAUGCAGAUAGUGUGAAGGUCAAUAUCAGCUGACGGGCUAGUUGAAACAUUAAGGAGCCUGAAGCCUGACUGUCUUCUGGCUGAGGGGGGCGGAGGCGGGGGCAGGGUUUUCUUUUGUGCCCGGUACUAUUAAAACAUCAGAGGCCAACGCGGCGCUGCUUGGGGUGUCGAUUCUUUUUUGCUGCCAGAUACUUUAGCUGUGAGUACAAAUGAAUGUUAAUGUGCACCGCGCACUGCCACUAGGACGGAAGGAGGGAGAACCUUGCGGGCGUGGUGGGAAUCCUGGAGUCCACGAUGCGGGGUGGGGUGUGGUGGAGGAGGUCAGGAGGAAUAGGGUGUGUGUGUGUGUGUAGGUGUGUGUAGGCAGCCGCACCCCACCCAGCCGCCCACGCGCCCAUGUGCAAGCAGGAAAAGCAAGCGAGGUGGGCACACGUAUGGCCGGCCCCACCCCAGGCGGAUGCAGGCUGCCGAUGUUGCCGUCAUGCCGGGUGCUGCUGCCGAUGCCCAUUGACGAACUUGCUGGCGAGCACCCGCAAAAGCGAAGUGAUGCAUGCAUUGUACCGUACACAAUAGAGACACUGCAGCCAGUGACGAGGUACGGCAAGAGUACAGAGUUUGAGGGAUUGUUGCAGGUAAUGAUGAGGACUUAUGAGCAUUUGAGCGGAGGGCAUGGAGGCGUAGAGGAGUGCGAGUUUGAGAUGUGAGUUGGCGCCACCGCGCCACUGCGUGACCGCUCCGGGCGGCAUGCUGAGCCCACAGUGGCUGGUGUGGGGAUACCGGUGCGCGACAGAGGCAUAGACAGGGAGAGGUAGGUGAGAGCCCAGGUAAUGAUGAGCAUAAUUUUACCUCCUGUUCCGGUACCCAGAGGUAUUGGCGCUUUAUGCAUUAGUUCAUUAACGCACGAUACGAGGAGGGGAGACAGGAGCCGGAAGGAGCCAGGGGGCGGACGGGCCGGUCAGGAGGGGUCAGGGCAGUAGGGGUGAUGCGAGGUGGCUUGUCGCGGGGCACGGGAUGCGGGGAUGGGGAUGGGGGCGGCCGGGUGGGGGUGCGGCGGAGCGUGCGGUCGCAGUGGCGGUGGUGGUGGGGAACGGGUGGUGACACUGACACGGUAGUGUGGGUAAUACGGUAGCAGAUAAGUGGAUAAGGAAUGUGUCUCAGCAGGGUGCCGAAUUUGCGGAUGUGUGGCAGCGCGCAGCUGCAGCUGGCAUCUUUGUGUACGGUACGGUCGGGUAAUAAAGUAAUAACUAAGGAGAUGCGCAGGCAGGGGAGUGGACAUGGGGAGGAGGACUCGCGGGUUGAGGGUGGGUGGGGGCGCAGCGCAUGUACAACAAACACGCUCGAGGCCCAAUGCCAGUGGGGGCGCGCGGCCGAGCUGUAAACUGACUAUCAG